CAACGCUUUCUUCAGGGAAGUAUGCAUCUUUGCACGGCAGACUCUCGCAAUCGAAACGAGAUCCAUCGUCUCCAUGUCAUCUUCGUUGUGUCUCAGAUGUCAGCAAGGUAGGGAGAUAAAAAUCAUUCGAAGUGCUUGAAUUAUAGAAUCAAUAUCUGGUUGAAUUCUUAAGAAGACAUGCUUCAAUAAAACGCAGUUACGAAUGCUUUAAUUGGAAAUGUCGUGACUUAUGCAAAAUGAUGAAAACUUUCGGUUACCAACGUUUCACACCAUCUGAUUUCUUCACUUCCCGGAUAACAAGUCGAGCGAAAAACUCCAUUGUUUUACGAAUUUUAAUUACUAAACAAGUUAUUAUUAGUAGUUAUUAAGUUAUUGCUAAAUUAGUUAUUAUUAGUAUCAAUUGUUAUGACAUUUCGUAUCAGUGUUGAUUUGCAUUAGAAGAAGCAAAUAUUUAUUGUAACAAUUUCAAUAGUUAAAAUGCAGUUGUUAAAUGGCAUCUAAAUCUUGCGUAUAGGAUACGACUCGCUAUAAUAAAUGCGGCAGAAUUGGGAGGAAAUGGCCGGUUUUUUUUUUUUACCUUUAUUAAGGAAUGUUGUCUUGUGAUUGAAAAGAACGUCAACAAAAAGCUUGCAAAUAGAAUUAGUCACCAAAUACGAUACAAACAAUGCUUAAAAGGAAAGUUUGGUAAGGGGGUCCAAAUCUGUGAAGGGGGGUCCAUAUCCGCUGUGACACCGGUUCGAACAUCAAACUUUACUAGUGCCGCAACGUUUGAAACAAUUAGGUUCGACAGAUUUGUUUGGGUCCACCUACCGUUCUAUUCAACGGGGCUUGUCGAAUAGAUCGGCAAAAGAUCAACUUCAUUCCAUACAUUAAACCGUUUCAUGUGCCAAAUAUAAUACAUUUAUUACAAAUACAUUAAAUAAAUAAAUUUUAACCCAGAGUCCUGCAUGUUUCGUUUAUUUGUCAUGUGCACACAACUUGGUUUGCGACAAAAUCGUAGGAAGAGCGGAAAAUAUGUGUUCCUCUUGCACCGUGAGCUCGAAAUAUACAUGCCUGUGGUGCGUGAACUACUUCUGUAUGCCACCAGCCAGUAGUUCUUUGUAGCCGAUGACAAGUAUAUCAGCCGAACUGGACGAGGAACGGUGGUGUUCCUUUGGGAAAUGAGUAAUAUAAGAAGGCAAGCUAAAUUCAAAACUCGUUUCCUCCUGGCAGCGAGGUCGUUUAAUUCUAAAUACAUCUUGAGUCGCCCUCUUCUAUCCUCCUUCAUCGCAUUUGCAAGAACCUCUUCACUUCCACAAUUUGUCUUUCCCGCAUUUUUCCGCCAUAUGGGUAAGCAAUAACCGCUGACUGUAAUAUAGUCAUAUUCACUUUUUCAAUUAAGUUCAAGUUAACUAGGUUCGACAUUUGAAUCAACUGUCGAAUGUUGUUAUUUAGGUCGAUCCAAAUUGGUAUUAAGUUCAGCACAUGUAAAGUUUGACGUUUGAAACGGGCCUGAAAUGUGUUUUUCAUCAGCUGCAUUGUAUUCGUAUUACUUGUAGUAGUUACUACAUUAAUGUCCUCAUUAGUGGAUAGGAUGGAAACAUGACUUUUUUUGGCCCGUGUCAAUGUUUCCUAAUUUUUAGCCGGCAUAAAUGCAUUCUGUGCUAUACUAUUGUGCUCUGUCGCAGUUUCUAAUCACUAUUGGUUUGCAUACGAGUCAUCACCCUUUCAGUUUAUUGUGCCUGCCCUUGCAACAUGUCUUAUCUUAACAAUUUGCUGAUAAUCAAUGGCUCUGUGAAAUGAGUCCUUGCUCCUCCUAAGAAAACUAUGUCAAAGAGCAAUAUUAACAUGGUAUAGAAAUAAAUCAUUUAAGGCAAAGUUAUCACAGCAUCACAGGUUGUUAACUCAAUAUUAAAUGGGACUUCCUGUAAGUUAUGUUCGUGUUGAUUACCCAUGUUGCUGUUGAAAUGUUUAAGAUGAUGAUGAUUAUCAUUAUUAUUAUAAUUAUUAUUUCCAUUGUCAUCAUCACAAUUAUGAUAAUCAUACAUGUAGUUAUAUGAUGCAUACCAUCAGUUUUUUUAACAGUUUCCUUUUCCAAUCUCUUACCAAUGAUAAACACCUAUAGGAGGUAAAGGCAUCAUGAAUGAGUUGUCAAAGUCUUCACGGAAACUAAUUUUAAUAGACUGACUCUUGCAAUAUCUUCCUCUAUUUACAAUAACUAUGAGCAUCAUAGUAAAUGUCAGCCAAACUGGACAAAUAAAGCAGCAUUCAGUGACAGGUUGACUGUUACUUGAAACCUGAAAAAUAAGAUCUAACAAAUUCUUUGUAAAAUAUUGGGUCUGUUUAACUUUUGUUUUGCUAGGUGAUUUCUUUUGAGGAAUGUGUCACAAGUUGCCAAGAAAAAUUAUCUUCACGCAGAGGUAAAAUAUACAUGUAGAUUAUGCUCAUUAAGUUGCUUACUAAUUUCAGUCAGAUGUACAUUAUGCGAGUAAGCCUGAAAUGCAAACAUCUUAUUAAGUGGUGCAAGAUGGUGUUGUGAUAAAGCAUUAUGUAGUAUGCCUGACCUACCAUGUGUGAUGCUACUUUGGCCAGUUGUUUGAAAGGAUGUGAAAAUAUAACCAGGGAUAGGUUUAACAAUUGGUCUUGAUUUUUUCUUUUCUUUUGUUGUGUUGUCAUGGGCCUGGUUGCUCAAAGCUAAGUUAAGAUAACUCAGGAUGAAUGUGAAAUCUGAUAUCAGAUUUGUAUCAUUCCUUUUAUUUGGCUAAGUGUAACACAAACCUGAAGAUAACAAAAUCUUCAAAGAAUGGUAAACCUCACUAAAAUGUUACAAAAUUACAUUAGAAUUUUGCAUCGAUCAUGGGUUAUCUGAGUUGUGUUUUGAACAAGUCACCCAUGGUUAAAAGUAGGUAAGAGUGGAUGCACAAGGAUAGGCAAAGAUGCUUUUAAAAACAAUUUGUUUACAAGAGUCUUUCAGCCCUUGAUCAUGAAAUAAUAAUUUUCAAUUUCCUGCAUUCCCAGAACUGUUAUCGUGUCAAAUAGGUAAUCUGAGUAGAUUUCACAUUUCCCAUAGGAGUCGCCUGAUAAUUAUAGACAUCGGGCAACAUUGACAGUUGUCAUAUUUUAAUGUUUUGUCUACAUGUACUAGAAAUCUGUCAGUUCAGUGUAAAAAUUCAAAACUAAACUGGCAAAACAAAUUCAAUUUAACACUGGGAUCCUUUUAUAGUCCUUUAAAACAAACUUCAAAUGAGUAAGGGCAGUUUGGAGUUUUAUAGUUUUGAUUUGCUCAUUGGAAAAGUUUCAUUUCAUAAGUUACACUUCUGUUUGUAACCUUGAAGUGUCACAGUAGUAGGUACCUUCCUUUGUUGUGGGUGUCCACAAAUUAACUAAAAUCUAUUUCCACCCACUAUGUCUCUAUUAAAUUCAAUUUUAGACACAAUGCACAAAAAUAGGAAAAAAAGAGAUAGUUCUUCCAUCAGGCAACAGAGAAGUGCAGAGUACCAAAAUGGUAAGUUGAAAUAAAAAAGCAAGGAUCCAACAUUCAGGAUGUACAUGUAAUAUUUAAAGUGUUUUCAGGACUAGUCUAUCAUUAGCAUAUCUGGUGUGUCAUAAGAUGAAAGGUGAAAAUGCAACACCUAAAGACUACAAUAAAUCAGUGCACAUUCUGCAUAUAAUUUUAACCAGCCAGUCAGCAGAAGAUUAGUACAUACCUUAUUAAGUCUGAUUUAAGCUUUAACUGAUGAAAAAGAAAGGAAAAACAGAAUUUGAUGGAAUUACCGGUAACAUCACUAUAGCGCAUUAACUAUUGACAAAAUUUUGAUAUAGUGACUUAUAAAAGAGGUUUAUGAAAACUCUUUUAGAUUGGCAAAUUUUCCACUAUAUGUAACAGAUGAGCUUCCCUAAAUCAUGUUAAAAUGGGAACUGAUGUGUAUAAACAUGUUAACUUCUUAAGUUACACAUAUUAAAUAACUGUUUAUGUAUUGAUAAUUAGAAAAAAUCUAUUUCUUUUGGAAAUUUAUCAACAGAGUGCAUGACCUCUGCUGUACAGUCAAGAAACAAACCACUUCCUGUUAAGAUACGUUCAGUAGAAUUCAAAGAAAAGGAUAUUGAUGUUGUGUGGGAGAAAAAGAAUUCUUCCAAAACAGGUAGUGGAAUGGUUCUGCCAUGCUUCAGUGGUUGCAAGUAAUUGAUCAGAAAUAAUAUGUUGAAUGAAGAUCUCGAGGAAAUACCAAUUGGAAAAGAUCACUGCAUCAAGAUUACUAUAAAUUACCCUAAAUUGUACAAUGAGGAACAACAAAUAAUUCCCAUCUUGAUUUAUUGUAUGUAGUGUUGAAGUUUGAGGUUCUGUACUUUGGUAAAUGUAAGACACACUUAAGUUGAAUAAACACUUCUUAAUUUAAGAUCUCUUUGCUUAGACUAAAGAAAAUUAAAUCAUUGUCUUCUUGACAGAUUAUAACUGGUCAGCUUAUGCAUUUAUCUACAAAGUUCAAUGUGAUAGAUGCAUCGAUGACUCAGUAGACAAGUGCAAAAUUAUUCCAAAGGUAAGGUUUGCAUAUUUCUUUUUCCAAAAGGGGGAAAUUGAGUUUCUUCAGACACAGGCUUCAUAUUGCAAGAUAAUGUUAAUCAUGAGGACCUAAACCAUGGUUAUGGUUUUAACAUGACUCCAUCAAUUUGAGUGCUUGAGUGGUAAACAACAACUUUAAUUCAAUGGUGUGUAAUAGGGUAAUCAUUAAUGUCAUUAUGGUCAUUAGCAUCUUGAUCAAAAAUCUUUUUCAUGGUGAUUAUCAUAACAAUUAAGGAAAAUAGACAUGUCCAUUGAUAAUUUGUAUGGCUGCUUUUUACAGGUUUCAAUUAUAUUUCAGGGUAGAAAGUAAUUUAUCAUAAUUUGGCCACCUAAUGGACUACAUACAGUAUGGUUUAUUUCUAAUCCCUUUGUAUCAUAUCUUAAUAUGAUGGACCUUGACAGUGGAAAAAUACAAGUUGUAAAUCAAUAUCUUUAGGGGUACUUUGAUUUCUGAUUAAAUGGUGGUAUGGUCUUUCAUAAUGUGUUAUGAUUACAUGAUUACAGAUAUAUUUUUUGCAUGAUCUGAAAACCUUAGAACCAAACAGAUUAUUCAGUGCCACUGGCUUAUUGGGAAAAGCCUGAACAUCUUUUUGCUGCAGUAUGUAUAACCUAAAUCAAUUUAUAAUUUUUAUAUUACUUAAUUUGCGGCAUUAUCAUCAAGAAUGAGACAAAUAGCAAAGCUGAUAAUUAACUUUUCUAAAUAAAAGGUACAUGUAAUAUAGUUUGGUCUUUUUGCAAGCACUCAGCAGUAUCUUUCUGUUAUGCAACUUUGCCAUCAGGUAGUUUUUACUCGGUUUUUGAGAUAUAACUUAUGCUCAUAAUCUCUGUCUUACUAUAUAUAUUAUAUUAUAUAUUAUAUAAGAUCACUAUAUUAUAUUAUUAUCACUAUAUAUAUUACUAUAUAUUAUCACUUUGAAGAAAUACAAUUAAGGUAUUCCCUUGUUCUGGUUGAAGAAGUUAAAAAGGAUUUUUAACAGAGCCACAUGAAUUCACAUUUUUUAUUUUCAUGUGCCCUCUCCAUGAGCAUCAGAGCUUCUUCACCUCAUCGGAUUUCCUGUUUUUAGGAAUAUGCAUAGUAUUAUUUGCUUACAAUGAUCCCAAAAUGUAUGGGUGGAUGGGAAGGUUAAAAGGACCCACCCAGUCAUUGUUGCUCAGUCAUCGAUUCUAAAGUUUUGUUACAUUGGUAAUGCUGUUGCCAUUAAUAAAACCAGUGUGAUUUGCUUGGGUUUUCUUUUCAUUUGUUGUUGUUAGUAGUGAAAUUGCCACCUCAUUUUUUUGCUUUUUUGCUGUCUUCAGGUUGUGACCUUCCCAUUCAGCAAAAAAGCUCAUGUAUCUCUUCAAACAUUUUCUCCAUAUGGUAAGAAUCCAUCUUUUUUCUUAUCAGCUUGGAAGUCUUAAAAGCUAUGAUGGAUGCAUUGUUCAAUGGAUAUUUUCUAAGAAGUGAAUAAGGUUCAAAAACAAUUAGUGAAUAGAAGUAUGACGAAUACCAUCUAGUAAAUGUCAUAAUUCAACCUAGAAAAUUCUAACUGGAUAAAUAAAUAUGUAUAUAUAUGGCUUGUUUUCAAGCAGAACUUUAUAUUCCUGCCCAUAAAAUUGAAUCUUUCUAGUGUAUUUGCAGCCCCUGCACGAAGAAUUCCUAUGCUAACUGAAGCUAAAAAAGGUGGUAAGCCAUACUUAUAUCUGCAGUACAUGCACAGUAUUCUUGUAAACCUCUGCGUUGUAUAAGUAAUGAACAUGUGACCCCUAGAUCUUCUUUUUCAGAUUUUAGCAUGCUUAUAAUUAGCUGAAUUUGAUAGAAUAUCUUCAAUUUGCACUUAAUUUCAUUGUUCUUAGGAGACACCUAACUUUUCUUGUGUGGUUUGUUGUUACAGACACAGUUAAACUUGUAAGCUCUAUAGUAGGAGGAAUAGUAGCAGGAGUGGUUAUGCUUUUGCUGUUGUUUGCUCUAGUUAGGAAAAGGCCAUGCCAAGGUAACUGCUGAACUUCUUAUGAUGUAAUUGGUAUAAAGAGUCGCAUGUAUUCAGAUUAAUGCUGCUAGUGUCACUCACUCAUUUAAACAAUCUUCCCCCAGACACAGUUAGUGUUGUUGAUAAUCAAACAUACCUACCCAUCCUUCAACAAAUAUUAUUAGUUGAAUGUAAGUAAAGAGUUUGAUUGCAGCAGAGCAAAAUUUUCUUCCCACCAGUUUCAUGCCUUAUAGUGCAUGAGGGUUAUAGUUAACAGUUCAUAUUUACUCCAUAUAUGCAGGAAUUAUUGUUGGUGUACAUCAGAUAAUUAGCAGAGCAGUUAUUUCCAUUGCAUUGUCUUAGUUUAUUUUGUUACUAUUUAAACCUAGCACUCAAUUUAGUUUGUCUCAACAUUUUCUCAGGACCAUUAUAAAAUUUCAACAUCAAUUUUGAAGAAUGAUGACAAUAUUUCUGUUAAUAGCCAACUCAGGACUUCAAUACUCUUAUUAUUACGAUGGGCUGGGUUACUUUGUAUCACCAACAUAUUGACCUGUGGAUGUAAACAUGUUUUCAUGGUUAUGAUCUCUGUGAGCCUGUUGUUAUCAUUACUACUCUAUAUUUGAACUUCUCACUAACAUCAUCGUCAUUAUUAAUCAUCUCCAUCACUUAUUUCUGAUCAAAUUUUGAUUUAGUGUUUCUCCUGAUUUUUAAAGGAAGCACCCCUCGUAUGCCUCCACCAGAACCCCCGAGACUAGAAGAGAAAAAAGACGAAAAAGGUGGGCUUAUCUGAGAUUUUUUAGAGGACAAUGUUCCUGGCCAUAGUUCAUUAAGAUUAUUAUUGUAAUGAUAUAGAUUUGUAGGUCGAUAAUACACGUGCAUUUGUAAACAAUGAGUUACUGGGAUAACGGAAGCGUUUGUUUGUUUGAUCCUAUAACGUUAGAGGUUCCAAGAUGGCGGAUGGGAAGCAAAUGUAUCAACAUCAUUAACAUCUCUCUUCUUUUUUUCUUUUUUUUUUCUUAAUCUUUGGUGCUUGUUCGUCGUGUGUUUCAACGAGUCUUAUUUGCAAAAUUUAUUUCGCGCGAGCGACGGCAACUUUUUCCAAUGGAUAAUUUCUUACUGAAGAAAGAGAUAAGCUUACGCAGUUGAGAUGAUGAAUCGUACUAACGCAGUUUCUCUGAUUUAAAACUGAGUUACUUGUUCCAAAACGUAACAACCAUUCUGUCUUGUACGUCCAGAAAUCACUUGCAGCUGUUAGCUGAAGCUCUAUUAUACUCCGAGGCCCUUACCUGAUAAAAACCUUGGAUCUACUUGCGAAGGAAUCCGGAAAGUCCUUCAUGGAGACUCUACACGACAAAAGACACACAUGGCCAUAAUUUACGAUUUCUUCCCGGCAAAUUCUUCAUUGUGCAAAAAAUUUUCAUCGUUUUCGCUUCCUUUCCUUUGUACUGUCUAAAGAAAUAACCUUGUUAAGAAAAUAGUAUGUAUAUCGCCGUCUAAAACCACAAUACGCGAAGAUACACGAUGACCUGAUGACCAGUCGCUUCGUAUACGCGCUUCGGUGAUGAGCAAAAUGGCAGCCGCGCCAUGCAUUUCCCGCGCCUUUUUGUCCACGAACUGAUCACCUGAACUCAGGUAUAAUGUUUCUCCAACCUUCAGUUUACCAGGAAUGGCGAUAUUUGGGCUACCGCAGCUAGUCUUGAAAGCUUCUUACGUGGGAAAUAGAUUAUUUUUUAUACUUAAGCCACACGAAAUGCAAGGAGUGUAAGGGAUUCUUUUGCCGCUCCCUGAGGAUUUCUUUAAAGCCUAAAACAUGUAUCAGGAUGGUAAAAAAGAUUAAGCAGGAAAUAUUACCGAUUGUGUUCUCCCUUUUUUCUAUUUUUUUUAACAGAGCUAUACUACACCUGUUAUUAUCCAGAGAGUGACGCUUUUCGAGACGAAGUGGCCUCGAUUGUGAACUACUUUCGCCAGAACGGUUAUAAUGUCAUCAUGGACGUUAUGGUGUCUACAGAAAUAACCUCCCAGGGUCCUACGCGUUGGGGAGAAAGCCAAAUUAGAAAAGCUAAUAAGGUGCUGGUUUUCUUGUCACCUGGUUUGAUAAACCUCGCUCUGGAUGGGUGUGAAGGCUUCCAGUCUCAGGUAAAUACAUGGUACUUCUCCUUUUUCGGAUGCUCGUUUGUUCUUGGCCAUCUGAAAAUAACACCAUAGUUUAUAUGAUAAAUAUUUAUUUUCUACGAUGAAUCUCUUUUUUCGACGUAAUCCUUUACGCAAGUCAAAAGAAAUCGGCAAGCAGUGAGGCAUCUUGCACUUAUGAUAGAGGGAGAGGAAGCUCCAAACAAAAUACAAAUCGAAACUAAAUGAGUCAGUAAAAGUUUCAAGAUAGUUAAAUUUUAAAUACUUCAAAUUGGAUAGUAAUAUACGAUCAUGCCGUUUUCUAAAUUUUGGCUUCAGACAAGGAGUAAAAAUACUCACAGAUCUGUGGAACUAUGACAUCCUUUGGCCCUUCACUUAGAUCUGCCAUUAGUGAGCUGAAAAACCUCAGUUCAGAGAGUACUCCGGGAAGCGAAGCGUUUCGAUUCUCAGAGUUUAAGUAGCACGGGAAGAUAUGAUUACUCUCAACUUGCGCGAUGCCUUUGUUACGUUGAGAAAUAGGGGCUACUGAUAAAAUGAAAUAAAUACAAAUUUGGAUAUCUGACGGCAUUUCGAAACCUUGUCUUUUCAGGACACCAACCGCGUUUGGAUUGAGCUGGAAGCACUCCGAGACUUAUACACCCGUAAUCGCUCAGCUUCGAAGAUGGUUUGUAUAACCCUACCCGACAUGCCUUUGACUUCAGAACCCCUUCCACUCUGGGCCAAAGUUAUCUACAAGUGGCCCGAUGAUGCUUUGGGAAUCUUAAAGCGUCUUAACGACAGACCGAAGAUAUUAGCAAUUUAGAAAAUGCCUGAAAUCUUGCAAGCUUAGAUCAGUGGCAAAAGUCAUGGAGUGUAUGACCUUUUCCGCAGCCUAAUUGCUUUCCCCUUCCCCUUCCCCUUCCCCUUCCCCUUCCACUUCCCCCCAUCCCCAAUACAAGGAUGAGUCCUCACUGAGUUGCCAUUAGAGGACUUUUGUUGCGAACAAAGAAUAUGAGAAAGGUAUCUCCUUUCGGACUAAACCCUUAAAUUUCCAGAGUUGAUCAACGAGGGAUUUUUCCUUGCCAUUGCAAUACGUUAUCGAGAAACAGAUUUAGGAGAACAGACAAGUUUAUCAGCAGGGGGGUUCUAUCUUGCCGUAGAACCAAUUUUUCCUUUCUAGUGUUUUAGAAAACUUAUGUCAGUCGUUAGGGAGAAUUAAUUUUUGGAUCUUGGGAGCGAAAGGGCUAAAUAGCCUGGAGUGACCUAUAAAAAGCCAUUUAUUUAACUUUUUUUGUAUUAUCGUCUCCUGUCUGACCUUAAAGAAUCUCUGUAAAGUUUACCUUACCGGGAGUUAAAUAUUUAGUUUAGCCGUGAGAUACUUCCAGCUGGUACAGCUCGUGUGUUGCAUUUACAAGAAAAGAAGGCAAAUCAUAUAUUCCGUGAUGGUAAAAAAGAAAAGGGAACAUACUUACUGCAGUAAAUGAUUUUAUAAAAUAGAUUAAGCGUUUUAAAUUCCAGGAUUUAAAAUAUUUAUCUUUUAUUAACUUAUUUACAUGAUAUUUAAUGGUGGUCUCAUUAAGAUGUAGUUUAUUAUUUAUCCUCGGCUAAUAUGCAAGCCUUUGAAUAUACUAAAUCUGGUAGAAAUUAGAACGGAAUGGUUACCAGUGCCCCGGAAAUCUUAACCUGCGAGCGUGCCCUAUUUAUGAGUGCCUCGAGAAAGAGAAGCAAGGAGUCUUGUUCUGAUAGUUGUUAGUGCCAGACCGUCCCGAAAACCUAUCUCUACAGCGCAAGUCUGCAAGGAGUCAUAUACUAAUAACUGUUAGUGCCAGACCCCCGGAAAACCUCUCCCAGCAGCGCACCCUGCAGCGCUGAUUAUAAGGGCUUGCUCACAGCCGGAUAUGGAAAUCACGUUAGUGGGUAUGUGAAAUGUUAAUAACGGGAUGAAAAUCAUAAACAUACAUAAACAUUAAGGCGACAGAAAAUUGAAAACGUAAAAUUAAAAGAUAGCAGUAAGCGAGAAACUUCAUGAUUUUCAUGCCAUUGAAAAAUAACGCACAUUACUAUAGGAAAUAAUGUUUGGUACAAUUUGUAGCGUGCGUCAAGGAUGCAAAUUAGUCAGAUUAUGAAUUAUAUAUUAGUAAUAAUAGCAAUGGAUCAUAGUAUAUAUGAUUUACAAGAUAUUUGUUUGCGCACAUGUCAGUUCGGACGGGAGGCAUAAGCAAGUCGAUAUGAUUUUGUGGAAAGAAUCAGGCGCCCUUUGAUCGUCUUUUAUCGUUUUUUAAGUUAUUUUGUCAUUUUUUUCCCUUUUUUUUCUAUUCUUUUUCUCUUUUAUUCCUCGGCGCUUAUCAUUAACAUGCGAGCAGUUAGAUUUUGAUUCAUAGUUGCGAUUCCGUUUCAUUCAUCCGUCAUUCAUAAUCAAAUCAGAAUUAUUAAAGCAGAUCAUGCAUUUCAUUUUUAAAGAUGCAUCUGAAAAUAGUCAGAUUGUAUGCUGUAUGUAAAAGUGCGGACAAAGGAAUUAUUAAUUUUUUAUCAGUAAGUUGAUAUUUCUAUCAUGCAUUUCAUUUUAAAAGAUGCAUCUGAAAAUAGUCAGAUUGUAUGCUGUAUGUAAAAGUGCGGACACAGGAACUAUUAAUUUUUUUAUCAG